UCGCACUGUCUCGUACUGUUUUGUGGUUUCUACAUGUAUUUCAUAAAAAAUUAAAAAGGACCUUUAUUUUGGUAACGUGAACCGGAAGCAAUUUUAAAUCUCUGGAUUCCGGAGGCGUGGCUGUUUUGCUAAGUUAGCCUGUGGUUUAACAAUGCAGCAGCGAGAAGAAAAGCAGUUAGAUGCUUCACUGGAGUCUCUCAUCUCUCGUGUCGCUCAUGUCAAAAACGCGCUUCAUAGUUUCAUUUGUAAGCUGGAAAGUGAAUACGAACGUUUAACAUGGCCUUCUGUUUUGGACAAUUUUGCUCUUCUGUCCGGUCAGCUCAACACCAUCAAUAAACUGCUCAAGAAUGAGAAGACGCCUUCCUUUCGUAACCAGGUUAUAAUCCCUCUGCUUUUGUCCCCAGACAGAGAUGAGGAUUUGGUGAAACUAACAGAGCAGCGUGUCCCGGUGUUCAGCCAUGAGAUUGUUCCAGACUACCUGCGGACUAAGCCUGAUCCAGAGGUAGAGGAGCAGGAGAAACAGCUUAGUGCAGAGGCAGCACGAAUAGGUCCAGAUGUGGCGCAGAAGCAGAUCCAGGCAUUAAAUAAGCAGUGUUCGAGUUUACUGGAGAAACUGAAUAAUCCUCGCGAGGACAGAGAUGCAGAAAGUGCAGCAAUGAGACAGAACAAACCAUCCUUCAACCCUGCCGACACAAAUGCACUCGUUGGAGCAGUUGCAUUUGGAAAGGGGCUUUCUAAAUGUAGGCCUCCAGGCCCUGCAGCCCCUGGCCAUCCAGGACAAGGGCCCAUGAUGAGCAGUGGUCCAACCUUACAGCAAGUCACCAUUGGUGUCAGUUCAGGGCAGCAAGCAGGUAUGGGAGGACCUGUGGCACCACCACAGCAGGGACAGCCAGGAAAAAUGCCAAGCACCAUCAAGACAAACAUCAAAUCUGCAUCUGGUUCAAUGCACCCAUACAACCGAUGAGUUCUGUCGUUGAUUAUAGUGAGCAUAGUCCAUACACAUUAACUUCGUAUGCUGGUAUUUUCGUAGUGGACAAACACAGAAGAAGUUGUGUAUCUGUUCACUUAAUUUGUACGACAGAAUACAGUUUUGUUUGUGAACAUUUUGUAGCCUUUGUUCAUGGCCUCAACAGUUGAGCCACUGAUCUUCAGCCACUAGAUGGCAGGAGAUGAUUACAUAAAGGUUCUAUAAUUUUCUGCUUGAUACUCUUGUCUUGACACUUUUCACUUCAAUAAAGAUGACUAAAAGGA